UAAAUUAACUACCACAGCGUUGUCAGGAUUAAACACACGCAUACAGUCACAACCAAAUUCACACUUCAGAGCGACAUUGCAUUGGAGAGCCGUCAAUAAUUAAAGCUAUAAGUGGAAGUCUAUAUUAUUAAGAAUAUUCUUUACUUUUACAGGAUAAGAGUCAUGGCGUUCAACGCCAAUUUUGCGUGGAUUAAACCGUCCGUUUUUACCUACGAGGUGUCAGCGCCCGAAUCCCUGAACGGCCGAUUACAAGAUUUGUUUAACAGCAGUUUGCCUUUUUAUCUGCCCGCCGCUUAUCACCGAGUGCAAACCCAGCCCGAUUGCUACAAGCAAUUUCUGCACGCCGCACAAUUUAUUUUGCACAACGAGGUGCACGGAGUAGCAUUUUGGAAAAUGAUCGACGCGCUCUGCAGGAAAACUCGUCCAGAAAUACCAAUCAGCUCGGAAUUUCUGAGCGUGCGAACACUUUUCGAGGAGUUUGCCAAUAACCUGGACGAAUGCAAAAAUGCAGCCGAGUACCUUUUCGAGCCGCGGGUCAUCAUGCAGCUACCAUAUUUCCCCAGCGUCCUUUAUCAAUGGAUGAGUGCAUUCACCGCAGAGUGGUUCAGGAUUUCCAAGAAACUGUCGUUUCUCGGUUUAUUCGCAUAUCCUGCAAGUCUAAAAACUCCCUUGACUGAACUGAAUAAAUUUUACCACAGCGCCGAGGCUUUUAUUGCGGGUGGUUUUGCUCUUUUGGGACUCGGAGUGAAAAGCUACCCGCAAAUUGACCACAAAUUGGUUCAAUUCAUCAAAGUACAUUUUGUACCGAGAAUCGGCCAUUUUCAAGAAUUUUUCUCCAAAUGCGACUCUCUCGAUAUUGUCCUUUUAUCGGUUCAGAGACAAAUCCUGAUGAAGUUUGGAAAGGAGUCAAUGGUAAGCAUUCGAGUGAAAAAAGAUCACUUGACGAAUCUUGAAUCAUUGAGGUUGCCCUUUCGCAUCAACAUCGGUCGAUCAUUGUCGUUGAUGCAUGCGAUUCAGGACGACGGAGUGUUUGGUCACCGCAUUACAGAUCUCUCCGAAAUUGACCGGGUCCUGACUUCUGCUGACAGCACGUUGGAUCUGAUCUGUGUGGAUGACGAUCCGAUGAUGUUCAUAGCGAUCGCCUCUACCUGCACAGUGAAUUGGAACAGAGAAGUGUACGUGUCGUUCCUGGAGCAACACAUAAUUGAGAACAGGUUGAUCAAUGGUUUCUCACAGCAAGAUUUAAAAAGAGGGCCCGAGAUUAAGUGCAUUGUCGAUAACAUCGAGAACUACUUUUUUUAUGAGUUUUGUUUGAAGGACAACGAAUUGUGCACCGACAACGGGCACACAAAUGUAUUUGUCAGCUUGGAUUGCAGGCGUUCGUUACAUCGCAUUCUCACUAACACCAUGGGAUAUUUACUGCUAUUUCAGAAGCUUAAAGGAAUUAACGCAGAGUUCAACUUUCCUGAUAAAGCCUCCGCAUCAUCUAACCUGCUUUACCUGCUUAAAUGCAUCAAAAUCAUCAAAGAAGCCACAUCAAAACCGAGAUUGGAUAUUGAUAGAGUUGUUGAAAGUCUACGAAAGGAAACUGCAAUGUCCAAAAAAUUUCAGGCCAGGAACAACUACUUUGACAGGAAAGCUGCUGCAAUGCAGGAAAGAAUAUCUCGGAUGGUCACAGCGAUUCUGACGCAAAACUGUAAAACAAAGGGAUUUCGGUUUGAAAGUCAGAAGAAUUUGCUCUGGGCUCAGUACAUGUUGCCCUGCUUCGUUUCCUCCUUCCUGACCGCCAAUAAGAAGCCGUAUUUUAAAGCCUUCAAUCUAGAUCGUUUGGUCACCGUGAUUGAAAACCUAAUCAAGCAGUUUGAGGAUGAUUUGAAUGAACCCUUUAAGGAAAAAGCUUUUCCUGAAAAAAAGUUUAUUCGGAGUUUUUAUGCAGAAAAGAUUUUUUAUUUGUGGCAUAACUUGUGGUACGAGAUCAAUUUGUUUGUUUUUGACAAAACUUCUCCUGAUCACAAGCUUGAAGGAAUUCCAGGUAUACAGAGCUUGGAAAAAAUCUUUACCGAUUGCUUCUACAAUCUUCCUGAUAUACACGAGUGCUUUGAUGAUAUCAUAAGAAAGUGGACGGUUAGACAGCAAUGGUUUUUGAUGAGGAUAUCAAAGUCAAUCCGAGUUCUGGAAUUACGAAAUGCCCCCUCACCAAAUCUAAAAUAUCUCCUCAAAAUGCACAACUUUCUGGAUCAGGUGCUUUGCAUUUUGGACUACGUGCCAUCAACUAUUCGAUGGUUGCUGCAACACGUUCACAGGAAAAUUCAUUGCCUCAAACGCAAACAGAGCAUUCCAAAAGACGGAAGAGGAUUGGCCGACUUAAGAAAAAAGGUAUUUUCCGAAGCGGACAAUUUGAGCUUCAGGAAAAUUUUCGGCAUCGUUCUGCACACCCUCUUCAUCCAUAAGUCAGCGCACUAUGAUGACUGUGAAGCAUUUAUAGAUGUAGAAACUAAAAGACUGGUCGAUUUAUUCAAAGAACACAAUUGGUUGGGUUUGCGAUUAAAUCUGAUGCCCAAAUUGUGUGCCGACAAAAGGAGGGACCUGAGUUUGCUGGACAAAAACGACCUGGAAAGAAAUCCUGAAAUAACUCUGUGCCUCACAAGAAAAAUUUCAAAUGGACGCAUUGUCAUGACAAAUAAAGGAGAAAUUACGAUGGCUCCUGUCAAACACUGUCGCUGGUGCGGAAAAAUUGAAUUAUUUUCAGACAACUUGAAGUUCAUUUUAUGCUCAUACUGCAAAGAUUUUGACGAUUACCCUGAUGUGACAUGGUACUGCAGCAAAGACUGCGAGGAGACAUGCAACCGAUUAAUUCACCAGGAUGAACACGACGACUUCAUUCUAUCAUGUCUGCAUUUUGAGCCUAAGAUCAAUAUAAAUAAAUAAAUAUGAAUUAGUGUUACACAUCUAAUUAAUUGUUUACUUUUUCAAGCAAAUUAAACUUUCAAUAAAUACUUUAUAAAUUCCAAAUCAAUUUAAUAAUUAUUUUUGCAAUCCAUUUCAUGAAGAUUUAUAGCGAAUUCAAAUACCUUUAAUCAAAGUAUCUUAACACAACUGUCUGUCCAUCACACAAUUCCCCCUUCUCGACCAAGGUUGCAGUCGUGGAGUCAAGUCUAUUCUCGUCAAUCAAAGUGCCAUCCUCUUGGACCAAACGCAGUUUCGGAGUGUUUGGAACGUUGUUGGUGUUCUUUGUGCAGCACUGCUCAGCUGUGAAGUCCAACACUCGGCCAAGACUCCACUCCUUCGAAACGACAAGCACCUCCUCUCCUCCCACAGGCGUUUUGACCAAGAAGUGCAGCCUCUCGGACUGAGCAAUGUUGAGGCCUCGUUUGGCCAGCGAGGCUUUGCUUUUCAGUUUCAUCAGCUGCACUUUGGCUGCCCUUGCUCGGUUCUUGGCCGCUUUCAGCUGUUUUGCCAAUUGUUCUUCAACCUGAAAUUUUUAAUAACAUUUAAUAAUGAUAUAUUUUAUUAUAAAGCAAUAAUUAAUAAAAUAUAAUAUAAAAAUAUUUUUUUGUUUAAAUUUAAUUUUAAAAUAUU